UGAUUCCUAUUCCAAUCUCCAUAAAAUAAUCUGGAUAUAACAUUUGCCAUUUGUCAUUGCGCAGAAUUUCUUUUUUCGGUUUAAUCAUUUGACAAGACCGAAAUUUCGGUCUCAUCUUCAUUUCGGGCCUGCAAUUGGCAAUCUAUAAAAUUCAUCCCUGUCAUGAUGCAAACGUGUCAGACUCGGAUACUAUCGUCGGUGGGAGUCCCUCUUCUUCGCCGGAGUCUGCCUUUGUCUUCCGAUUUCGUCGUUGAUAGCACAAAGAGUAACGGCGAUAAUAGACGGUUAUUAUCACUAUACGCAGCCAGCAAUCGUCUGUUCUGUCUUUGCUCCUGGAGAAGGAGAAUAGGAGGAGUCCGCGCCAUGGAUGAGAACAAUCUCAGCGCUGCUGAAGAUUCGCCGGAGCACAUUGUCGGAAGCUGGUACUCUGUCCCGGACCUUCGACUCCGCGACCACCGCUUCACCGUCCCUCUUGAUUACUCCACUGCCCACCAGAGGAUCUCCGUCUUCGCUCGCGAGGUCGUUGCAGUUGGGAAGGAAGAACAACCUCUGCCAUAUUUGUUGUACUUACAAGGAGGACCUGGUUUUGAGAGUCCACGACCAACCGAAGGCAGUGGAUGGAUAAGAAAAGCAUGUGAAGAAUAUCGUGUUAUUUUGCUGGAUCAGAGAGGUACAGGCUUGUCAACUCCCCUGACUGUAUCAUCGCUCUCACAAUUUACAUCUGCAGAGAAGCAGGUUGACUAUUUGAAACAUUUUCGAGCUGACAAUAUAGUUAAUGAUGCUGAGUUUAUUCGUGUACAUCUUGUACCUGAUGCUGGACCUUGGACAAUUCUAGGGCAGAGCUAUGGUGGUUUUUGUGCAGUUACUUACUUGAGUUUUGCACCACAAGGACUGAAACAAGUCCUCAUUACUGGUGGUAUCCCACCGAUUGGAAAAGAUUGCAGCUCAGAUGCUGUAUAUAGAGCAUGCAUUGAACAGAUACUUCAUCAGAAUGAUAAGUACUACAAGAGAUUUCCUCAGGAUGUUGAAGUUGUUCGUGAACUUGUAAAGUUCUUGGUAGAAUCUGAAGGUGGAGGGGUACUUCUUCCUUCUGGGGGCAAGUUAACCCCACGGGGAUUGCAAACUCUUGGUCUUUCAGCAUUAGGAUCUAGUAGUGGUUUUGAGCGCUUGCACUACAUGUUAGAGAGGGUUUGGGAUCCUAUUCUAGUUCCAGGAGCGCCAAAACGUAUCAGUUACUUUUUCUUGAGGGCUUUUGAGAAUUGGCUGGCAUUUGAUACAAAUCCACUCUAUGCUCUUCUUCAUGAGUCCAUUUAUUGCAAUGGCCAAGGAGCUUCAUCACAGUGGUCUGCUCAUAGAAUAAGGAGUGAACAUGAGAACAGAUUUGAUGCAAUCAAGACAACAAAAGAAGGUGGCUCUGUACUUUUCACAGGAGAGAUGAUAUUCCCAUGGAUGUUUGAUGAAAUUCAUGCCUUGAAACCUUUCAAAGAUGCUGCUCAUUUAUUGGCUGAGAAGAAUGAUUGGCCUCCACUAUAUGACAUUACUUCCUUGAAUAAUAACAAGGUGCCUGUUGCAGCCGCUGUUUAUUACGAAGAUAUGUUUGUUAACUUAAAGCUGGCUAUGGCAACUGCUUCUGAGAUUGCUGGGAUUAGAUUAUGGAUAACCAAUGAAUUCAUGCAUUCUGGUCUGAGAGAUGCAGGGGGACAAGUUUUAGAACAUUUGAUGGGAAUGCUAAAUGGAAAGAAGCCAUUGUUUUGACAGAAAGUUGCCUACCAUUUUUUUGCUUUUAGUUUUUCUGGCUGCGCAAGGUUGUUUUCUUUUUCUUUCUUUCUUUCACUUUUUUUUUCCUUGAAGGUGCACUAAAGUUGUUUUCAGUUGGUAGUCUUGAUAUUUACCAAAAAAAAAAUGUUUGUAGUCUUGAUUAACAUCUUAAUUUUUAUCUUGUUUGUUGAAGAUAUUUCUUGGUAAUUUCUGUUAUGGGCGCAGACAAUGUCUAGCGUCUGAGGUAAAAAAGCUUAGCCAUGGAGUUCGAUGGUUGAGGCGUUCUGAAA